AUGAAGCCGGAAGUCGAGCAGGAGCUCGCUCACACCCUGCUCGUGGAGCUCCUCGCCUACCAGUUUGCAUCCCCAGUGCGAUGGAUCGAGACGCAGGAUGUCAUUCUAGCCGAGAAGAGGACGGAGCGUAUCGUCGAGAUUGGCCCUGCAGACACUUUAGGUGGAAUGGCUCGGAGGACUCUCGCGUCUAAAUACGAAGCCUACGACGCCGCCACUUCCGUCCAGCGUCAGAUCCUCUGCUACAACAAGGACGCAAAGGAGAUAUACUACGACGUCGAUCCGGUCGAAGAUGAACCUGCUCCCGGCCCAGAGUCCACUGACGCCGGUGCUACGGGUAUGGCCGCCGCUCCUAGUCCCGCCGCGCCUGCUCCCGUUGCCGCGCCGGUUCCAUCGGCCGGGCCGGCUGCAGCUGUGGAGGAUGCUCCGGUGACCGCAAUGGAGAUUGUGAGAUCACUUAUUGCCCAGAAGUUGAAGAAGGGACUGGCCGAUAUACCUCCGACCAAGGCUAUUAAAGAUCUAGUAGGAGGAAAAUCGACAUUACAGAAUGAAAUCCUAGGUGAUCUUGGAAAAGAGUUCGGCUCCACUCCUGAACGGCCAGAAGACACCCCCUUAGAUGAACUCUCUGCCUCUCUACAAGCCACAUUUAAUGGUCAGCUUGGGAAACAAUCCUCGUCCCUUAUUGCUCGGCUCGUUUCCUCCAAAAUGCCAGGAGGUUUCAAUAUCACCGCAGUCCGGAAGUAUUUGGAAUCCCGUUGGGGACUAGGCCCCGGCCGACAAGACGCCGUUCUUCUUCUUGCCCUUACUAUGGAGCCUCCAUCCCGUAUCGGCUCCGAAACAGACGCGAAAGCCUACUUUGAUGAUAUCACGAACAAGUAUGCUGCUAAUGCGGGAAUAACGCUCUCCACAGCCAAGGCAGGAGGUGACAACGGCGGGGGCUCUGGAGGCAUGAUGAUGGACCCAGCUGCCAUCGAUGCCCUCACCAAAGACCAGAGGGCAUUGUUUAAACAACAGUUAGAAUCCAUCGCAAGAUAUCUUAAGAUGGACCUCCGCGCUGGAGACAAGGCGUUCGUUGCAUCGCAGGAAUCUCAAGCUGCUCUUCAGGCCCAGCUUGACUUAUGGCAGCUAGAACAUGGCGAGGUAUAUGCCUCUGGUAUCGAACCCGCCUUCGACCCACUUAAAGCUAGAGUAUAUGACUCGUCCUGGAACUGGGCUCGGCAAGACGCGCUCAGCAUGUACUACGACAUCAUCUUCGGUCGGCUUCGCGUCGUUGACCGUGAAAUUGUCAGCCAGUGUAUCCAUAUCAUGAAUCGAUCAAACCCGCUACUACUCGACUUCAUGCAGUAUCAUAUUGACAACUGUCCCACAGAACGUGGGGAGACGUACAAGCUCGCCAAGGAGCUAGGGUGCAUGCUCAUCGAGAACUGUAAGGAGGUCCUCAAUGCCGACCCGGUGUACAAGGAUGUUGCUGUCCCAACAGGGCCUCAGACAACUGUCGACGCUCGAGGAAAUAUCAAAUACCAAGAAGCUACGCGUCCCAGCGCACGAAAGCUCGAAGAUUAUGUGCGUGCCAUGGCUCAGGGAGGCCCCAUUUCCCAGUAUAGUGGACGCACUAAAGUGCAGAACGACCUCAAAAACAUUUACAAGAUGAUCCAAAAGCAACAUAAGCUUUCCAAGGCGUCUCAGCUGCAAUUUAAUUCCCUUUAUAAAGAAGUUCUACGUACCUUAGCCAUGAACGAGCGCCAGAUUAUGCCGCAACAGAAUGGUCACGCCAGAAAGGGAACUCCGCCAAAUGGCACCCGCACGCCUUCAGCCACCGGCAAGGUCGAGACGAUCCCCUUUUUGCACCUCAAAAGAAAGACUACCCACGGCUGGGAAUACAGCAAGAAAUUGACUGGUAUAUAUCUUGAUGGACUGGAGUCCGCUGCCCGUUCCGGCCUCACCUUCAGCGGCAAGAACGUAUUGAUGACUGGUGCCGGUGCUGGCUCCAUUGGUGCGGCUGUUCUGCAAGGCAUGAUUAGCGGUGGAGCGAAGGUCGUCGUUACAACAAGCCGCUUCUCAAGAGAGGUUACUGAGUACUACCAAACGAUGUACACUCGCUAUGGUGCUCGAGGUUCUCAGCUUGUUGUAGUCCCAUUCAACCAGGGAAGCAAACAGGAUGUUGAAGCUCUCGUCCAGUAUAUCUAUGAUUCUAAGAGUGGCCUUGGGUGGGAUUUGGACUAUAUUGUUCCAUUUGCAGCCAUAUCCGAAAAUGGUCGUGAAAUUGAUACAAUUGAUUCUAAAUCUGAGCUUGCUCAUCGUCUUAUGCUGACAAAUAUUCUCCGUAUGCUUGGUGCUGUUAAAUUUCAGAAACACGAGCGUGGCUUUGCAACUCGCCCAGCUCAGGUCGUUCUUCCCAUGUCUCCCAAUCAUGGCACCUUUGGAAAUGAUGGUUUAUAUUCGGAAUCCAAGCUCGGUCUGGAGACCUUGUUUAAUAGAUGGUAUUCUGAAAACUGGUCUGAUUACCUCACUAUCUGUGGAGCCGUCAUUGGCUGGACUCGCUCGACCGGUCUGAUGAAUGCCAACGACACCAUUGCUGAAGGUGUUGAGAAACUCGGAGUCCGCACAUUUUCUCAACAGGAGAUGGCCUUCAAUUUGCUCGGGCUUAUGGCUCCAGCUAUUGUUGAUCUUUGCCAGAACAAUCCUGUCUUCGCUGACCUGAACGGCGGUCUACAAUUCAUUCCCGAUCUCAACAGCCUAAUGAAGAAACUUCGCAGUGAGAUCGUUGAGACUAGCACGGUUAGACAGGCAGUGAUGAAAGAAACUGCCCUUGAGAACAAGAUUGUGAAUGGCGAGGAUAGCGAAGCUCUGUACAAGAAGGUCAUUACUGAACCUCGUGCCAAUAUCAAAUUCGAGUUCCCCACUCUGCCCGACUGGAAAAACGAGAUUGAGCCUCUCAACGCCAACCUUAAGGAUAUGGUCAACCUAGAUAAGGUUGUUGUUAUUACUGGUUUUGCUGAAAUUGGUCCAUGGGGUAAUUCACGUACUCGCUGGGAAAUGGAGGCAUAUGGCAAAUUCUCAUUGGAAGGCUGUAUUGAGAUGGCAUGGAUGAUGGGCCUCAUUAAAAAUCACAAUGGCCCUCUUAAGGGAAAGCCAUACUCUGGAUGGGUUGAUACCAAAACUGGUGAGCCGGUUAGCGACAAAGACGUCAAGGCCAAGUAUGAGAAGUAUAUUCUCGAGCACUCUGGCAUCCGUAUCGUUGAACCCGAGCUAUUCGGCGGUUAUGACCCUAACAACAAGCACCUUUUGCAAGAAGUUGUUCUACAGGAGGACCUCGACACGUUCGAGGCAUCCAAGGAGACUGCCGAAGAAUUCAAGCGUGAGCAUGGCGACAAAGUUGAGAUUUUUGAGAUCAAGGACUCUGGAGAAUACACUGUCCGCCUGCUCAAGGGAGCUACCCUGCUUAUACCCAAAGCUCUCAAGUUUGACCGAUUUGUUGCUGGUCAGAUCCCCACCGGCUGGGAUCCAAAACAUUAUGGUAUUCCAGAUGAUAUUAUUAGUCAAGUCGAUCCAGUUACUCUCUACGUACUUGUUUGUACUGUUGAGACUUUACUCGCAUCUGGUGUUACGGACCCUUACGAGUUUUACAAAUACGUUCACAUUUCUGAGGUUGGUAACUGUAUCGGCUCUGGUAUUGGAGGUGCGCAAGCCCUCCGCGGUAUGUAUAAAGAUCGCUACCUAGAUAAGCCGCUCCAGAAAGAUAUUUUACAGGAGUCCUUCAUCAACACAAUGAGUGCUUGGGUGAAUAUGCUACUUCUUUCGUCAACUGGUCCAAUUAAAACGCCUGUUGGUGCUUGUGCUACUGCUGUCGAGUCCGUCGAUAUUGGAUACGAGACCAUUGUUGAAGGAAAAGCUCGAGUCUGCUUCGUAGGUGGAUUUGACGACUUCCAAGAAGAAGGCUCGUAUGAGUUUGCCAAUAUGGGUGCCACCAGCAACGCGGAAUCCGAAAUUGCUCAUGGACGAACACCUCAGGAGAUGUCAAGGCCUACCACCACUACCCGUGGUGGUUUCAUGGAAUCACAAGGCUGUGGUAUGCAAUUGAUUAUGAGUGCUCAACUGGCUUUGGAUAUGGGAGUUCCUAUAUACAGUAUCCUCGGCCUUACCACCACGGCUACCGAUAAGAUUGGUCGCUCUGUGCCAGCUCCGGGUAAAGGAGUCUUGACCACCGCUCGUGAGAAUCCAGGCAAGUUCCCUUCACCUCUACUCGAUAUCAAAUAUCGACGUAGACAAUUGGAGAUCCGUCGCCGCCAGAUCCGAGCAUGGCGUGAGUCCGAGAUCCUUGGCCUUCAGGACGAAAUCGACACUCUUAAGGCCCAGUCCGAUGAAACCUUUAAUGCUGCUGAGUACCGACAAGAGAGGUUUGACCAUAUCGAACGAGAGACCAUUAGACAAGAAAAAGAUGCUGCUUUCAGCCUGGGUAAUAACUUCUGGAGACAAGAUUCUAGAAUAUCUCCCUUGCGAGGCGCCCUCGCGACCUGGGGCCUUACUAUUGACGAUAUCGAUGUGGCUUCGUUCCACGGUACUUCAACCGUUGCAAAUGAUAAGAACGAGUGCGACGUGUUGUGUCAGCAGAUGAGGCAUCUUGGCCGAAAGAAGGGUAACGCCCUUUUGGGUAUUUUCCAAAAGUACCUCACCGGUCAUCCUAAGGGUGCUGCUGGUGGGUUCAUGAUCAACGGAUGUCUUCAGGUCCUCAACACUGGCCUUGUACCCGGCAACCGCAACGCCGAUAAUAUUGACAAGAUCAUGGAGAAGUUCGACUACAUCGUCUACCCCAGCCGCAGUCUCCAAACCGAUGGCAUCAAGGCCUUCUCUGUGACGUCCUUUGGCUUCGGCCAAAAGGGUACACAAGCUAUUGGUAUCCAUCCUAAGUACCUCUACGCCACUCUAGAUGAGACUCGAUAUGUGGCAUACAAGAGCAAGGUCGAGGCCCGCCAGAAGCGUGCAUACAGAUACUUCCACAACGGCAUGAUCAACAACACUCUUUUUGUUGCCAAGGACAAGUCACCGUAUGAAGAUAACCAGGAAUCGAGUGUCUUCCUCAAUCCCGAUGUUCGUGUAGAGUAUAACGAAAAGGCCUCCAGGCUGCAGUACCCCGUUCACACCAAGCCCAAGGCCCCAACCCCAGUCAGCAAAACUGAAAGCACGAAGAAGAUGGUUGAAACUCUUGCAAAGGCAACUGUAACUGGUAACACCAAAAUAGGUGUGGAUGUGGAGGACAUUGAGUCGUUCAACAUCUCCAACGAAACAUUUAUCGAUCGCAACUUCACCCAGAGGGAGAAAGAAUACUGUAUGCAAGCUGGCUCGGCGCGAGCAUCUUUCGCAGGGCGAUGGAGUGCGAAGGAAGCUGUCUUCAAGUCACUAGGCGUUCGUGGCAAGGGCAGCGGUGCUCCUCUCAAGGAGAUCGAGAUUAUCCACGACGAUAAUGGAGCUCCAGUUGUAGUCUUACAUGGCGAUGCAGCCUCAGCUGCCAAGGAGGCCGGAGUCAAGGAGGUGCAUGUCAGCAUCACUCACAGCGAUGCCCAAGCUAUCUCCAUUGCGCAGUCUCACUUCUAA